AGCAGAAGGAAAAAGAAAAAGCAAAAAAGGGUCCAGACUCCAGCAUCUCAGGGGUUUAGCGGAAGAAAUCUCUUCUGGGCUAGAAGAAAGCAAAGCAAUGAACAAAAAUGGCAGCAGCUUUGCCAUAUGCACCACCUCUAUAUUCAGCUGUUUGUAAUUUCAACGUUAAAUUGCAUGUAAAGAACUCUAUUUGUUCAAAUGGUUUUGCAAGGCCUCGAUUUUUCACAGGUCUGAGUAAGAAAAGCGGCAGGAGUAGUUGUGAAAUUAGGUGUAGUCAAUCGACAACAAUCAAGAAAACAGAGAAAGAUAGCCGAAAAGGUCAUAGGAAAGGUGAAGGGAGGUUGAUUUUGAGUGAAGGAAGAGAUCAGGAUGAGAGUUAUGAGUCUAUUUGCCCUGGUUGUGGAGUUUUCAUGCAAGAUAAGGACCCUAAUCUUCCUGGUUUUUAUAAGAAAAAGAAGGUGGAACUUAGUGAGGUCAUAGGGGAUGAGGAUGAGGAGGAUUCUGGGGGUUUAAUGGAUGAUGAAUUUGAUGAUUUUGACGAGGAGGAUGAGGAAUUUGAGGAUGGCAUUGAGGGGCAAUUAGAAGGGAGUGGUGAUGGGGUUGAAGGAAGAUUUCAGGGUGCAGAUGGGGUUGAUUGGGAUUUGGAAGAGUUGGAAAACGAAUUUGAGAAAGAAGAUGAUGAGUUAAAGAAGUUGGAUGGGUUUGGUCCAGCUGGUGUUGGUUAUGGUAACAUUACAGAAGAGGUUGUGGAGAAGGGGAAGAAGAUAAAGUUGUCGAAAGCAGAGAGAAAAAGGAUGAAUAGGGAAGCUCGGAAGGACAAAGAGGAGGUGACAGUAUGUGCUCGAUGUCAUUCUUUAAGGAAUUAUGGGCACGUUAAGAAUCAAGUAGCUGAGAAUUUGAUACCGGAUUUUGAUUUUGAUAGGUUGGUGACCACCAAGUUAAUAAAACCCACAGGCGUUGCUGAUGCUACGGUUGUGGUUAUGGUGGUUGAUUGUGUUGAUUUUGAUGGUUCAUUUCCUAAGCGAGCAGCAAAGUCUUUGUUCAAGGCUCUGGAAGGAAGCAGAGAUGGUUUCAAGUCUAACAAGAAGCUGCCAAAGCUUGUUUUGGUGGCUACGAAGGUUGAUCUUCUUCCAUUGCAGAUUUCCCCAGCAAGGUUAGAUAGAUGGGUCCGCCACCGUGCCAAGGCAAACGGAGCACCUAAGCUGAGUGGGGUUUAUCUAGUUAGUGCUCGUAAGGACCUGGGAGUGAGGAAUUUGUUGGCAUUUAUUAAGGAGUUGGCUGGACCAAGAGGGAACGUCUGGGUAAUUGGAGCUCAGAAUGCUGGGAAGUCGACAUUGAUUAAUUCAUUUGCUAGAAAAGGAGGAGUAAAAGUUACAAAGCUUACUGAAGCUGCUGUUCCUGGGACAACACUGGGGAUAUUGAGGAUUGGGGGAAUAUUAUCUGCCAAAGCAAAAAUGUAUGAUACACCAGGCCUGCUACAUCCAUAUCUCAUGUCCAUGAGAUUAAACAGGGAGGAGCAAAAAAUGGUUGAGAUACGGAAGGAGCUUCAACCUCGAAGCUAUAGGAUCAAGGCAGGUCAGACUGUACAUGUUGGUGCCUUGGCAAGACUAGAUCUUAUCCAGUCUUCUGUAGAGACAAUCUAUGUCACUGUCUGGGCAUCUGCAAAUGUUUCUCUCCAUUUAGGAAAGACGGAAAAUGCUGAUGAGAUCAAGAUCAAGCAUGGGGGAGUCAGGCUACAGCCACCUAUUGGUGAAGUAGGAGUUCCUCAAUUGGGCAAAUGGGUCAGGAAAGAAGUUAAAGUGUCUGGAACAAGCUGGGACGUGAACAGCAUUGAUAUUGCGGUGGCUGGCUUAGGCUGGUUUUCUUUGGGUUUGAAAGGUGAAGCCAAUUUAACACUCUGGACAUAUGAUGGCAUUGAGAUCACCUUGCGAGAACCUUUGGUUCUUGACAGGGCUCCUUUUCUUGAGAGACCUGGGUUUUGGCUACCAAAGGCUAUAUCAGAUGCAGUUGGUAAUCAGACUAAACUAGAAGCCCAAGUGCGGAAAGAGCAUCAAGAAACUAGUAUCACAUGUGAUUAAAAUUUUUUGUUUCAGCUUGAGGAUGGAAGAACAAAUACGAGCAAUAUAGCAGACAUCUGCAGAAGAGGAUAUUGAAUUUCUUACCAAUAUAAAACCAGAUUUCUGAUCGUGCCAGCGUUAAGUAGUUCCACAAAUGAAAGCAGUCACCAGUAAAAACGAGUAUUUCAGCAACCUACCGUACAGAAUUGAUUUUUGAUACAUGGAUUACAAGCCUUUCCGCUCUUACUGUACGGAAUACAACUUUCAUAUUGGAAUCAACGAGAUUGUUGUAUGUGCCUCUCAAGGAUGAUGCUCCCACCAGAUAUAGAAUUAAGCUCUGCUACUUGUAAGAAUCUAAUGCAAUUUCCUGAGAUUAUAGGUUUAUUUUAUUUAAACUUCGUAAGUUGUCCAUGAUCAGAAGUAGCAUGUAAUGCAACCGUGCAACACAUGAAAAAGAAAGUAAAUCCUUCGCUGA